AUGGCCACGGCGCAUCAUAGCGUGGUUUUGGCGGAGGAAGUGUCCAAGCUGAGAAGCGAGAUCAGUGAGCUUAUGGCCCAGGUGCAUGAGAUUGGCGAGCUCAAGGCCCGCGUGGGCGAGAUCGCCGAGCUCAAGGCCCAGGUGCAUGAGCUGCAGAAUUGGACCGGCUGGACAGUGAGCAUUGACGUCGACGCCAUCAUUGAGGCUGAGACGUCGAAGCUGCAAACCAGUACUGAGAGAGGUGUCGAGUUGGCGGGCGAUGGCAAGCUGGGCGAAAGCAAUGAAAACGGAAAUGCAAGGACACAGAGUAACAUCAGCGCAGCAAAUGCAGAGAACAUCAUUUCGUUUGAGCGAGAUAGUGCUUGGAGCAUUCCGCUGGUUGUUUCCUGGAGCAAUUUGUGUGACAGCAUUUUUGCAGUCCUGCUGCUUCUUCUGAAUUUCACGACGCAGCUGCUUUUGACCGUUGUCCUUGUUUCGCCGGAGUUCAUCGGUGAAGACUUCUCGGAGAAACUGGAGAGCGUACGACAUUGGCGCAGGAGCUUCGCCCACGACAUCAAGUAUGCGACCUUAUCAGAAAGGAGCUUGGCGACCAUGGUGUGUGAUGAAGACGGGUCCCUGAUCUUCUCAACAGCUCAGGCUGAUCUGGUGGGUGAGAUCAACAGCUACCUGGGUCUGGCAAAAUCCGGGGAGGAUGCAUUCCAGCUGCCCUUCUUUCAGCCAGGAGUCAUGUUGUCAGUCCUUUGCAUUCUGCUCUGGUCGAUCUGCAUUCUCCGGGAGCUGCGAACUGUGUGGUCAGUCCUUCGUGCUGUUGUGCUGGGUCGCUCUGUCGGCAAGUGGCAGGGCGUGAGUUGGCACAGAUUCGUAGCCAUGAUGAUCGUCUGCUUCACCCGGACCGCGGUGGCCCUGGCCCUCUUGAUCUCUGGCAGUAUGUGGCUGGCACGCACCACUUCCAUCACGGAGCUUAUGCUGAACUGCGUGGCCUUGGAGUCAGUGCUGCACGUGGACGAGUUCGUCUUCGCAGCACUGGUGCCCACCAACCUGCAGCAGCUGAUCAAGACUCUGCCGACGGUGAGUGUAUCUAGGAGCCGUAGAUGGCCCCAGGUGGAGAACCUCCUGCUUGGCUUGAUGCUUACAGCAGCACUUGUGCUGCCAUACGCGUUGUUCCUGGAACCUUUGGCAGAGACCAUGCUCGCUGUAAAGAUCGAGCUAUGUGGAGGAAAUCUGGAGUUCGUCAUGGGGGUGAAGGACGACCUCGUUCGGGUGGUUACCACCAGCGCGAGCGUCAGUAGCUCAACAAAUCUGACCUACAUCGAGACAGCGGUGCAGGAAUAUGCCUUCCCAUCGUCAGUUCAAGAGCGCCUCUCCCGGCCCGUGCUGGAGCCGGACAUCACACGCGCGCGAGAGAUGCUGAACCAAGGGUAUGGUGACUGGAAGCGGGAGGCCUUUCACGGGCUUCAGCUAUUCUAUGCUUUGUUUGUGGAUCUGAUGUCGGUUCACAAUAACUACGACUACUCCCAGCAUCAGGAAAUUGUUGAGUUCGCUGCCUGGGCCAGCUACGUCGGCUGCCCGGCGUUGCGCGUGCAGCCGGCUGCACUGCAAUCUGUCCGUGACAGCUUGAUUGAGACGGAGAAGCGUCAUGUUGGUGAUCAUCAAAUACUGGCAGAGGAAGCGAGCGAGGAGCGCAGACAGCGCGAAGAAGCAGAGGCUGCGCUACAGGCUGUCCGUGACAGCUUGAUUGAGACGGAGAGGAGUCAUGUCCGCGAUCAGCAGGUACUGGCAGAGGAAGUGAGUCACGAGCGCAGACAAUGUGAAGAAGCAGAGGCCGCACUGCAAGCAGUCCAUGGUAGCUUGAUUGAGAUGGAGAAGCGUCAUGCCCGUGAUCAUCAAAUACUGGCAGAGGAAGUGAGUGAGGAGCGCAGACUGCGAGAAGAGGCAGAGGCUGCACUGCAAGCUGUCCGUGACAGCCUGAUUGAGACGGAAAGGAACCAUGUCUACGAUCAUCAGAUACUGGCAGAGGAAGUGAGUGAGGAGCGCGGACAAUGUGAAGAAGCAGAGGCGCAGCUGGUGGAUUUGGGGCUGCGCUCGGAGAGUCUGGAACUUUCGGUGCACCUGCAGCAGCUGGAGCAGAGGUCUUUGGCAGACGCCUACGAAAGCCUGCGGGUGCUGACCCAGUGCUGCGUCUGCAUGGAUGCGCCGCGGGAGGCCCUGCUGAUGCCCUGUAAGCACCUGGCCAUGUGCCGAAGCUGUGCUGUACGAGUAAUUCGCUGCCCUUUGUGCCGGAAAAGCAUCCAGGCAGUGGUGUGCACGACCUGGGCGUGA